GAAUUUAUAAAUUCAAUAAAUCAAAGUCGUCAAAAGACAGGAUAAAAAUGUUUGAUAAGGUUACAAAACUUGUUUAACCUUGACAAAACACGCAAUUGGACGUCUUUGUUGUAUUCUCAAGAGAUUUAAAAUACAGUGAAGAUUUUUAUUGUAUCUAAACAUUAAAAGGCAAACGUUUCAAUUUUCAUUGCAAGACGCAAACACUUUUUUAAAAAAAUCCUCAAAAUAUGUUUAUCUCGAUCCGUUUGCUGCCUCUCGUCUUGGUAUUCCAUUUUCAAAUUUAUAAAGCUGAAGAACAAGUUUCAGAUAAUCUAAAAAGUGACCAAACAACUAAUGAAAUCGAAGAACUAUUUUUGAAAAAUGACGUUUCUGACAAGGAAAAAGAAAAAACUUUAAACAAAGCACUUAAUGACUUAAAUACAAUUUUAAAUGCUAAUAAUGAUAAUUAUGCUGAUAAUGAUAAUUAUAACAUAAGAAAUGGUGAAACUAACGAGAAUCAAAAAAUUGAAAAGAAUUUGUUAUUUGAAGAAAUCCAAAAAAAGAAUGAAAAUGACAAUUUAAAAAACGAACCUAGCGCUGCAAUACCUUGGCGCAAAGAUGAACUUUCAAUGAUUAAUUCUCUAUUAAAAAGGAUGGAAUCGUCAGGAUUGCUUAAAAAUAAUGUAAACAAUGAAUUAAAAGAUAACAAAAAAGAUGAAUUGAAUAGCCCAGGUUUACCUUGGCGCAGAGAGAAAAUUACAAUUGAUUCCCUUUUUAAAAGGAUGGAAUCGCUUGGUCUGCUGAAAAGAAAUGUAAACAAUGAAUUAAAAGAGCCGAGUGCGGCUCUACCUUGGCGAAGAGAUGAAGUAUCACUUGAAUCUCUUUUAAAAAAAUUAGAAUCAUUAAGAUUGUUUAAGGAUAAUAAAAACAAUGAACUAAAUAUUGCAGCUUUACCUUGGCGUAGAGAGGAACUCUCAACUAAUUCUCUUUUGAAGUUGAUGGAAUCAAUAGGAUUAGAUGAAAAUAACAAAAAAGACGAUUUAAAAGACCCGAGUGCUUUACCUUGGCGCAAAGAUGAAUUGUCAAUUGAGUCUCUUUUAAAGAGGCUGGAAUCAUCAGGGUUGUUUAAAGAUAACGAAAAAAAUGAAUUUAAUAUACCAGCUUUACCUUGGCGCAGAGAUGGGUUAUCAAUUGAGUCUCUUUUUAAAAAGAUGGAAUCAUUGGGAUUGUUAGAAAAUAAUGAAAACGAUGAACUAAAAACCCCAGCUUUGCAUUGGCGCAGAGAUGAAACAAUGAUUAGAUCACUUUUAAAAAAAAUGGAAUUAUUGGGACUGCUUGAAAAUAAUGAAAACAAUAAACUAAAAACCCGAACUUUACCUUGGCGCCGAGAUGAAAUAUCAAUCAAAUCUCUUUUGAAUAAGAUGGAAUCAUUAGGUUUGUUAGAAAAUAAUGAAAACGACGAGUUAAAAAGCCCAGGUUUACCUUGGCGUCGAGAUGAAAUAUCUAUUAAAUCUCUUUUGAAUAAGAUGGAAUCAUUAGGUCUGUUAGAAAAUAAUGAAAACGACGAAUUAAAAAGACCAGCUUUAUCUUGGUGUCGAGAUGAAAUAUCAAUUAAAUCUCUUUUGAAUAAGAUGGAGUUAUUAGGUUUGUUAGAAAGUAAGAAAAACGAUGAAAUAAAAAGUCCAGGUUUACCUUGGCGCAAAGAAGAGCUCUCAAUUGGUUCGCUCUUAAAGAGAAUUGAAUUACUAGGAUUGCUCAACGAAAAUAAAAAUCUGCACCGAGAGUCAUUAAUGGUAAAAAAAGGCGAAAAUAAUUUUUUUAAUUUUCCAAGAAAAGAUUCCGCUAUCUUGAGCGAUUCCACCAUCUUCGAUAACCUUAAAGAUAAUUCAAAGCUUGAAAAUGAAACGGAAAAAAAAGAUAAUAAAAAUUCAAAAAUGAAUGAAAAAAUUGUUGAACUUUUUAAAAAGUUCAAAGAUUAUUUUUCAACUGAAAAUUAAAGUGAAGCUGAUUUUUAAAAUCUUUUAUGAAGAUAAUUUUGAAUGUUUUCUUUUGUAGGUAUGUUUUUCAAUAAUUAUGGGAAGAACACAAAAAUUGUUUAAAUCACAUGUAUUUAUGUAGAAUAACGAUAAAUUAAUAAAAUAUUUUUUAAAAA